AUGGUUAAAGGGAUGGUUGAGAAGCGGUUUAAUAUUAGCGAUAGUUUUGAUGAGAUUAAUAAUAAUGCAAAAUAUUUGCAUAAGUUUUAUGCGAGUAUUGAAUCCAAUAUACGGCCCGUAAAACACAAACUGAAGGCAUCGGCGCUUCAAUUCAUGUAUUCAAUGGAUAUAACAUCUGAUUGUUUGGACUCAUUGUUCAAAUGGUUUGAAGCCUUACAGCGAAAUGAGUUGUGGGCCUAUCAAAUAUUUGAUUCAAUGGGAAAACUCCCGUCGGGUCUAUCGGAUGGCGUUAUCACGAGUUUUGGUGAUUACGACCAGUGCUUAGCCGUUAAAAGCGGUCCACAAAUGAAUACCAAAACAAUUUAUGGCAAAUACUGUUUAGUAAAGCCAUUUUAG